AUGAGCCGCGCGCGGGGGGCGCUUUGCCGGGCCUGCCUCGCGCUGGCCGCGGCCCUGGGUGCGCUGCUGCUUUUGCCGUUGCCGCUGCCCCGAGCGCCUGCGCCCGCGCCAGCCACGACCCGGGCCUUGGUCCCCGGCUCCGGCCCGCGCGCGCCCCCUGCCCGGCCCGCCACCGCCCCCCGCCUGCGGCCGGACGACGUCUUCAUCGCGGUCAAGACCACCCGAAAAAACCACGGGCCGCGCCUGGGACUACUGCUGCGCACUUGGAUCUCCCGGGCCCGACAGCUGACGUUUAUCUUUACUGACGGGGACGACCCUGAACUACAGCUCCAGGGAGGUGGCCACGUCAUCAACACCAACUGCUCCGCCGUGCAUACCCGCCAGGCUCUGUGCUGCAAGAUGUCAGUGGAAUACGACAAGUUUAUUGAGUCUGGACGCAAGUGGUUCUGCCACGUGGAUGAUGACAAUUAUGUGAACCCCAAAGGCCUGCUGCAGCUGCUGUCCACCUUCUCACCUAGCCAGGACAUCUACCUGGGGCGGCCCAGCCUGGACCACCCCAUCGAGGCUACUGAGAGGAUCCAGGGAGGUGGAACCGUGACCACGGUCAAGUUCUGGUUCGCUACCGGUGGGGCCGGGUUCUGCCUAAGCAGAGGCCUUGCUCUCAAGAUGAGCCCAUGGGCCAGCCUGGGCGGCUUCAUGAGCACAGCCGAGCGGGUGCGGCUGCCAGACGACUGCACGGUGGGCUACAUCGUGGAGGGGCUGCUGGGCGCCCGCCUGCUGCAUAGCUCACUGUUCCACUCCCACCUGGAGAACCUACAGAAGCUGCCACCUGACACCCUGCUCCAGCAGGUCACUUUGAGCUACGGGGGACCAGAGAACCCUCAUAACGUGGUGAAUGUGGCUGGGGGCUUCAGCCUGCAGCAGGAUCCCACACGGUUUAAGUCCAUCCACUGCCUUCUCUACCCGGACACGGACUGGUGUCCUGUGCAGAAGCAGAGCCACCUCGCUCCUCGGUGA